CAAACGUUAGUAGCUUGUAUGUUGUCAUGGUAGCAGUUCCGGUACACUAUAGAAUUCUGGGUAAUGCCAAUUUCACUGAAAGACGCCUGAAGUUUUCUUGAAGUAAUUUUACCACUUUCAGGCCCCUAAUGUCUAAUUAUAAUCGCCUCGGUAUCCUGGAUCAGAUUCAUUUAGCUGGUGAAGAUGAAGAUGAUUUAUACUCUGGAUAUAAUGAAGCCAACCCUAUUUUUGAUAACGAGGACCUGGCUGAUGAUCCCAAUUUUCAAAAAGCUGUACUACAAACUAGCCAUGGCCGGCGAGCACCACAGACUGGUAUGGUGCCUAGGGAUACAUUUUCUCGAAAGCCUAUAGGAACAGCAACAUGGGGAGGAAGAUCAAAUCUGUCUUCAUCAUUUGGCCGACCUAUUAGAACCGGAAUAUCUCCUCAAGAUGGCUCUGCAAGACCAAUGACGGCUGUAAGAGGUGCUGGAUAUACAUCUGCUGGAAACAGAGGUGCAACUUUUGAUUCCACAGAUCCGGUUUUAAAAGGCAUCAGCCCAGUGUCCCCUCUUGAGAAAAGGACCGAUGAAAAACCAGAAGAGAAAAUGAAAUAUCUGGAGAAAAAAGCUUAUGCUUUAAUUGAAGAAAGCUGUUUCUCUACAAGCCGCUGUGAUUUUCCUGCUGCCUUAGAAAAAGCAAAAGAUGCAGAAAAAAAAGAGAAAGCUGUUGUACGCCUCAGGAAGCAGUUAUCCCAGGGAGAACCUAUUAAUCUGGAUUUAACUUAUUCAGUUCUGUUUAAUUUAGCCAGUGUUUACUACGCAUGUGAAAUGUACACGGAAGCAUUGAACACCUACAAUGUCAUCGUUAAGAACAAGCUCUUCAACAACGCAGGUCGACUGAAAGUCAACAUUGGCAACAUAUAUUUUAAGCAGCAGAACUAUGCGAAGGCUAUCAAGUUCUACCGGAUGGCUUUAGACCAAGUUCAACUUUCUCAUAAGGAAAUGAAAAUGAAAAUUAUGCAAAAUAUCGGGAUCUCUUUUGUGAAGAUGGGUAAAUAUGAAGAAGCUGUUGGAUCAUUUGAACACAUUAUGAAUGAAUCUCCAAGUUUCAAAACUGGAUUUAACUUGAUUCUUUGCCAUUACGCUUUGGACGAUCGAGAGAAAAUGAAAAGAUCCUUUGAACAGUUAUUGAACAUCGAUAUUAAGUUUGAUGACGAAGACAAGUACCAGCCUGGUGAAAAUAACCCUUACAAUCAGUUUGUUGAAGUAAUCAAGAAUGAUUCUCUGCGCCAACUCGAAAGAGAAAAGAAAUACGAAGCUGAAAAGUCCAUCAAAACAGCUGCAAAAAUAAUAUCACCUCACAUCGAUAACUCGUUUGCUUCUGGCUAUGAUUGGUGUGUCCAGACAGUGAAACAAUCACGUUAUUCUGAUUUGGCUAAUGAUCUGGAGAUUGAUAAAGCAAUCAUGUACCUGAAACAGAAAGAUUUCAAGCAGGCUGUAGAGACUUUGAAAUCGUUUGAAAAAAAAGAUUCUAAGGUUGCCAGUAUUGCAGCUACAAAUUUAUCGUUCUUGUAUUUCAUGGAGCAUGACCUUACCCAAGCUGAGAAAUAUGCUGAUAUGGCGAUAACCGGAGAUAGAUACAGUCCUUCAGCCUUGGUCAAUAAAGGUAAUGUGCUUUACUCGAAUAAAGAUUAUGAAAAGGCUCGAGAUUUUUACCAAGAAGCACUGCAAAAUGAUUCUUCAUGUGUUGAAGCUUUAUAUAAUCUUGGUUUGAGUAAUAAAAUGCUCGGUCGCCUUGAAGAAGCUUUGGACUGUUACUACAAAUUACAUGCCAUUCUACGCAGCAGUCCUCAAGUUAUGUAUCAAAUUGCUGAUUUAAAUGAUCAACUAGAUGAAAAAGUACAGGCAAAGGAAUGGUUUAUGCAGUUGAUUGGUGUAGUUGCAACAGACCCUGAUAUUCUCUGCCGCCUUGGCCAGUUUUAUGACAAUGAAGAGGAUAAGACAUCGGCUUUCCAGUAUUACUUUGAUUCUUAUCGUUACUUUCCAUCUAACAUCCCGGUAAUUGAAUGGCUCGGAUUAUAUUACAUUGAAUCGCAGUUCCCAGAGAAAGCAGUGCAGUACUUUGAGAGAGCGGCUAUUGUCCAACCUAAUGAGAUAAAGUGGCAGCUGAUGGUGGCCAGCUGUUUCCGAAGAAGUGGCAACUACCAACAAGCACUUGACACUUACCGGAAGGUUCACAAGAAAUUUCCUGACAAUGUUGAAUGUUUAAAGUUUCUGACAAAAAUCAGUGCUGACCUGGGUCUACCAGAUGCACAAGAAUAUGCAACGAAACUAAAGAAAGCAGAAAAGGCUAAGGAAAUGCGUGACCAGAGAAUCAACAGUGGCAGACGAGGCAGUGGUCGGCACCGAGAUGCUCGUGAAGGAAGCGCUGGCAGUGAAAGGACUGGUAGUGGCAGCAGUAGCAGGAAAUCCAGUGGUAAGGUCACACAGAGGAUGGCUGACCGAAUGGGCAGUGGUCAGCGAACAGGUGAUGUGAUAGAAGACGGUUCCUCAAAAUCAAAAGAAAUAGAUGCCACGUACUCAGAUCCACUCGGACCACAGGCAGAACGACCAAAGACAGCGGCACGACGACGGGAAGUUGAGGAUGAAUUUGCUGAUGAAGAAAUCGAAGAUUUAUUACCAGAAUAGCAAGAAAAGGGCCCGGGAAGAAAACAAAACAAACAACAUUCCAAGAACAAACAUUAAUUACACAUUCUAAAUAGACAUCCUCUCUUUGAAUGAUGUACACUAUACGUAUAUAUAUAUAUGUGUGUGUGUGUCUGUAACAUAUAUAUGUAUGCAUAUAUAUAUAUGUGUGUGUGUAUAUAUAUAUAUAUAUAUAUAUAUAUAUAUGUGUUUGUAUGUGUGUGCGUAUGUCUAUACAUAUAUAUAAAAAUGUAUCCACACACACAUACACAUAUAUUUGUUUAUUGGGGGUGGUUAUCAUGUUUUCUUUAUUAUCCACCAUUAAAAUAUGAAAAGGUUGUAUGAAUAAUGUACUGGACUAAA